CAAGGGAUUGUGCGUCAGCUUGCAUGGAAGUGAGUGUUUACGGGCAGGAACACAGCAGUGUUGGAGUGAGUGGGUGGCGGCCUCGGCAGCACCUGUGGCACGUACUGUAACUGUACUCUAUGUUUCCGCUACAUGGAAGUGUCGGGGUCAGGACUCGGACUUGGACACAGGACGCAAAUGAACGUGGCUACGUUGACUCGAUGAUUCCUCUCAAGGAGAGGUUCGUCUGCAGAACGUGUAGCUCCGCGCAGUGGAAGGCUGAGAGGUUAGGCUGUUACGGAUCUUACAAGUUUACCAAAAAAUUAUGAUUGGUACCCACACACUUUUGGUCUGAAGUGUUGGAAAACAGUACAAUAAACAAUAAACAGUAAAACAAUAUAAAGGCUCUUUGUCCUAAAAUGUUGAUACACAUUGUUUUCUGAGUGCCUCUUCCGUCUUUCUCCUCCACAGCUAUGCCUAGUCGGCUCCGCCAGACCUGAACACACCCGACGCCCAAGGAGAGAACUAAGGGAAGGAGAGGAGAGGGGAGGAGAGGAGAGUAGAGGAGAGAAGAGCGCGUUUUACGCAAACAGCGACAUCAUUACGCCCCCCCACCCCCCCACAGACCUCUGCCCAAUGAGAGCAGAGGAACGAAGCGACUGUCGGCCUUCCUCCCGGCUCCGUUCCCAAAGUCUCCCUCCCCUCCGCCCGUGCUCAGCCCGCAUUCCCACCACCCGCGCUCGAUCUCACGCAGACUCCCCGCGCGCUGACACAGAUCCCAACGGACGGCCUGCGACGCCUCGUUUCUCAAUCAAAGGCGCGCGACAUCUGUUAUCACGGAAUUAAUCCAAUGUUCGUCCAGCACGGAUCGGAACCACUGCGCGUUUUCUGAGAAAUGGAUUUCUCCUAGGCGACUCUGGACAUCCCCAAAGGUUCUUCACCUCAGGACCCGCCUGAGCGCCGUCUGGCUUGGAUUAUUUUGGCAGCACGUGCCAACUCGAGGCGGAAUACAGUUUGCCAUGGCAUAGCUGAUUACGGAGUCAGAUAUAAAUUGCGCAGUCGGUGUAAUACUGUCCGGUAGGACAGACAGCACAUAUUCUCAUAGCGAUGAAUGCUUUUGAUGAUAUCCAGUCCUAAUAACGCAGGUCAUAUUAGCAUUUUACAAGUCACUUUUAUCAAUUUAAGUUGUGGUUUGCAAGGCAAAUCAAAUUAUGUUUGGCUUCAGCAAAGUCCAGGGUUCGAGCCGGACUCUGGGUAACAUGGGGGUGAGAGCGCGAGGCUCGGGAGUACGGCAUUAUCCCAGAAGCGCAUCCUCACCUGACGGCUCGCACGCCCGCUCUCGCCUCUUCUUCGCCUUCAUCUUGCUGCUCCUCACGCUGACGCCGCGCGUGGAUUCUUCCUGGUGGUACAUAGGUGCGUUGGGUGCGCGUGUGAUCUGUGAUAACAUUCCCGGCCUGGUGAAUAAGCAGCGGCAGCUGUGCCAGCGGCACCCUGACAUCAUGCAGUCCAUCGGCGAGGGCGCCAAGGAGUGGAUCCGGGAGUGCCAGCACCAGUUCCGCCACCACCGCUGGAACUGCAGCACGCUCGACAGAGACCACACCGUCUUCGGCCGCGUCAUGCAGCGCAGUAGCCGUGAGGCGGCGUUUGUGUACGCCAUCUCGUCGGCGGGGGUGGUGUACGCCAUCACGCGGGCGUGUAGUCAAGGCGACCUGAAGACGUGUAACUGCGACCCGCAGAAGCGCGGUCGCCACAGCGACGGGCAGGGUGACUUCGACUGGGGCGGGUGCAGUGACAACAUCAACUACGGCAUCAAGUUCGCCAAGGCCUUCAUCGACGCCAAGGAGACCACGGUCAAGGACGCCCGCGCCCUCAUGAACCUGCACAACAACCGCUGUGGACGCAUGGCCGUGAAACGCUUCCUGAAGCUGGAGUGUAAGUGUCAUGGCGUCAGUGGCUCCUGUGCCCUGCGCACCUGCUGGCUGGCCAUGUCUGACUUCCGUAAGUCCGGCGACUUCCUGCGCAAGAAGUACAACGGUGCCAUCGAGGUCACCAUGAACCAGGACGGCACCGGGUUCACCGUGGCCAACAAGGACUUCCGCAAGGCCACCAAGAAUGACCUGGUCUACUUCGAGAACUCGCCCGAUUACUGCUUACAGAACAAGGCGGCAGGUUCCUUGGGGACGGCGGGGCGAGUGUGUAAUAAGUCCUCGCGGGGCACGGACGGCUGCGAGGUGAUGUGCUGUGGCCGUGGCUACGACACGACGCGUGUGAAGCGCAUCACGAAGUGUGAGUGCAAGUUCAAGUGGUGCUGCGCGGUGGAGUGCAAGGACUGCGAGGAGGCGGUGGACAUACACACGUGCAAAGCCCCCAAGCGUGCCGAAUGGCUGGACCAGACCUGAGCGCAGACACACACUUCCUGCUCCCCCCCUCCCCCUCUGAUCCCGCUCGGCCCC